AGACAACUGUCAACCGUUUGUAUUCGGAUCAGUAUGUGUCAGUUUAGCCAAGACCUCGACAGGCUAACCAAUGUUUUCGUAUUUCUUCAGAAGAAAUGUAUGUACCCGGGACAAGUAUGUACCCGGGACAAGGAUGAUGUCAAGCAUUAAGAUUGACAUGAAAACCGUGGACUUAAAAGCUCUAACAGGCUCCAUCAUUGAAUACAAGGAGACGAGCCACGGAGAGAGCAAACUGAAAACCUUCUGCUCCAUCUACAAGCAGGGAACAAAAGAUGAAAGAUAUGCAUUCCUGCAGCACCUGGCAAAGGAGUUCUACAUAAACAGGGACCGGUUUGAGUCUGCAGUUAGGCACUACCUGGACACCCGUGUGGAGGAAUCUGCCUUCAGGCUCCGAGACGAAGAACGUCUGAGCACUCUCCUCACGCCAAAGUACCUCUCGUUCUUCCACAUCCUUGGCCGAAGUGAAGGCGGAGUGAAGUUCCUUGUGGACAUGAGGGAAGACCUUCUGGAUCUAAUCUCGUCGUCGCAGCUGGAAAGUCCUUCCUCCUACGACGUUCGACACAUGAAUACCAUAUUGAAGGAACUCUUAUCGCUUUGGUUCACCGUUGGCUUCAUGAAGUUGGAGCGCAUCACUUGGCAGUCUUCCUGCGAGAUGUUACAGAAGAUCUCGGACUAUGAGGCUGUGCACCCCGUCCGCAACUGGACGGAUCUGAAGCGCCGGGUGGGUCCGUACCGGCGCUGCUAUGUCAUCACCCACAGCUGCAUGCCAGGUGAACCCAUCGUGGUGCUUCACACGGCGCUCACCAACUCCAUCUCGGCCUCCAUCCAGAGGAUAAUUGUGGGCUAUAAGCCGGAUCGGGCUGAGUCUCAGGCUUCCGACGAAUGGGAAGACGACAAGGUCAUCAAGGCGGCUAUUUUCUACUCAAUCUCUUCCACUCAGAAAGGUCUGCAGGGCAUAGAGCUGGGCAAGUACCUGAUCAAGGGGGUCGUGAAGGAAGUCAAGGCAGAGUUUCCCCACAUCCAGGAUUUCUCUUCCCUCUCGCCCAUCCCCGGCUUCAAGAACUGGCUUGUUUCGGAAGUCCACAAGAUCAUCAAAGGUCAGCCAGAAAGUAGGAAGCUCCUAAAUCAGCGUGAGCUUGAGGAGAUUGUGGCACCAUACCGGGAAGACAGGGAACCGCUUGAGGCUCUCCUGAGGCUGCUCAGGAACAAUGGCUGGUACCAGGUACCAGAGCUGGUGCAGCGGUUGGAAGCACCUCUCAUGCGCCUGUGUGCCUUCUACCUCUACCACGAGAAGAGGCGCGGCUAUGCGCUCAACGGCGUUGCAAAUUUCCAUCUAAAGAAUGGUGCCGUAAUUUGGAGACUCAACUGGCUUGGAGACAUCUCUCCAAGGGGACUUUCAGCAUCAUGUUCCAUCAUGGUCAACUACAGGUACUACCUGGAUGAAAUGGAGACGAACAGACAGAAAUAUCUUGAGCAUUUCACUGUCCCUGCCUCGGACAUCUUCCUUGAGCACCUGAAGCCUUUGCAGUCCUCGCUAUAAGAGAGGCUGUGGAGCUGCUUUAAAAAUGUUGGACUGCACUUCGUAAUCUCCCGCUUUAUGGACAAUCGGCAAGAGGCAUGACAUGCCAGCUGAAGAACAUAUGGAGCCUAAAGGAGAGCACUUCUUGUUGUGCUUGUUGAUGAACUAUAAUAUAUUCAAACCUCUCUGUUGGCUCGAAAAACUAAAGCUUUGUUUUUCUAUACCAUGGAUGAACUUUUACAGAAUUGUACAUAAAAUGUUUUCUUUUUUCUGUGUCCAGCCUUCUUUCUUUACCAAAACAAGUUUGGCCUACUCCUGAAAUGUGUGUGUGAAGUUGUUUUUUUACAAACACUAAGGAGCAUUAUAAAGAAUAUAAAUUUUUAAAUGUUGAUUCUUCUGACAUACUUUAGUAUAGACCCUUUCACAAAUGUUGUGCUAUCCAGCAGAAGUUUUUCAAAACUAUGCUAGGGCUCUUAGGCCGGCCAUCAUAGGUCGCCAUUAAUAUGUUAACAGUUUUUCAUAGUCUUGUGUUCCUGCUGUGGCUUCGACGCUAUGCAGGGGAUGUCUUUUAUUUGCUGCAUUUGGCUGUGGGACCAGUGAGCUGUGACAGGUAGUAAAGGAGACAGUGUGUUACCUUUUAUUUUGCUAAUCAGCUGAAACUGCUUAUUGGUAAGGUAUCUUAAUAUAUAGAUAUAGAUAUAGAUAUAUAUACAUACAGUUUUUUUAGUGGUACUCUUUUCUUCAGUUAGGCCAUGCAGUAGUUUUUCAUUGAAAUGGACUUUGACAUUGGAGUGCUGUGUAAAGAAACACAUCAAUAGUUUCUUUUACUCGGCUCAGACACUAUGCCUGCAGGCACUUAU